GUUUUUUACUGUGUAGGAGGUUUCCUCUAUUGGUCUCAGACAGCAACAGAAACAUCAGCCUCCCUGUCAGUGGAAAUCAGUUCUUAUGUGCUGUUGGCCAAACUCAGUGCCUCCACAAUUGCUGAUGGGCUGGGUUAUGCCUCUGGCAUCAUUAGAUGGCUGACUGGCCAGCAGAACUACUAUGGAGGCUUCUCCUCCACUCAGGACACAGUGGUGGCUCUUCAGGCUCUGGCUCUCUACUCCACUCUGAUGUUCAGACCUGAGGGUUCAAGCACAGUGACAGUUCAGUCUGACAGUCGUCAGCUGACAUUUGAUGUAAAUCAGGGCAACAAACUGCUUUACCAGGAGGAGACGAUGCAGGACAUGUCAGGAAAAUACAGCCUGGAGGUGAAGGGCACUGCAUGUGCUUCGGUGCAGAUUUCUGUUCACUGCAACAUCCCGAAUCCCACUGAUGUCACUACUCUCAACGUGGAGGUCAAAUCAAAGGUUCAUGCAACAAGUGAAUCCAGACGCAAGCUCACUCUGACAAUAAAAUCCCUGUACAUUGGAAAGGCGAAUUCUACAAACAUGGUAAUCCUGGAUAUCAAAAUGCUCUCUGGAUUUGUCCCACAUGCAGAGUCUUUAAACAUGCUCAAAGGUGCCCCAUUGGUGGAUCGUCCUGAACAAACAGAAGAUCAUGUUCUGCUGUAUUUACAGGAGUUACCAAAGGAUAUACCCAUGAACUACAGCUUGAUGAUCAUAGAAGAACCUCCAGUGGACAACCUGAAGCCAGCGAUGAUCAAAAUCUAUGACUACUACCAGCCAAGUGACCAGGCUGAGACUGAAUACAUUUAACCAUCAGCUGCAGCUUAAAGAUGUGCAGUCAGUCGUGAGGUCAUCACUCAAGUUAUACAACUUGCAUUUUUAAUAAAGAUGCUUUUUAAAAACA